AUGACGAUCGACACGACAAACGAGAGCGAUAAUAGUCCGGAUAAUUCGCCGGGAUUUCAGACAUCCGCUCGGUCCUUCUCUCUGAAUGCCUCAAAAAUGGUUCCAAUAACAGAUGAUUUCAUCGAGGACGUGUUCAUUGAGGAGAAUGAAGUUCUGGAGAAGCCACGUAUGGAUCCACUUCGUGUCAGACAUCUGAUGGAAACAUGGCGGAAGGCGGCACGCAGAGCAAGAACAAACUACGUGGAUCCAUGGGAUGAAUUCAAUAUUCAUGAAUAUCCAGUACAGAGAGCAAAGAGAUAUAGAUACUCUGCAAUCAGAAAACAAUGGACAGAGGAUAUAGUUGAUGUUCGGAUACAUCCGGAUAGUUUUGCCAGAGGGGCAAUGAGAGAAUGCUAUCGAUUGAAGAAGUGUUCAGUGCAUGGAUCAACAAGGGAUUGGAGCAGUAAUUAUGUUGCGAAAAGAUAUAUAUGUCAAGUCGAUCGGAGAGUUCUUUUUGAUGACGUCAGACUUCAGAUGGACGCAAAAUUGUGGGCAGAAGAGUUCAAUCGAUACAAUCCUCCGAAAAAGAUUGACAUUGUUCAGAUGUGUGUUAUCGAACUGAUUGAUGUCAAGGAUUCUCCGUUGUAUCAUUUGGAACAUUUCAUCGAGGGAAAGUAUAUCAAAUAUAACUCGAAUUCUGGGUUCGUCUCCAACGCCGCCCGUCUCACACCACAAGCGUUCUCUCAUUUCACAUUCGAACGUUCUGGACAUCAGAUGAUGGUUGUCGACAUUCAAGGAGUUGGAGACCUCUACACUGACCCUCAAAUUCAUACUGUAGUCGGAACAGAUUAUGGUGACGGAAAUCUGGGAACACGUGGAAUGGCUCUAUUCUUCCACUCGCAUCGAUGCAAUGAUAUUUGUGAAACGAUGGAUUUGUCGAAUUUCGAGUUGUCACCACCGGAAAUCGAAGCGACGGAGCACGCGAUGUCGGUGGCUGCGAGACAGAAAAAGUCGUGUGUCGCCGCGCCAACCGUAUUCGAGGCACGUAGGAAUCGAGUGUCGAGUGAAUGUAUUCAAGUUGUGGAACACGGAAUUUCAAUGGAUCAAUUGAGAAAACGACAAACGUUGAAUCAUUCCAGCACUGAUCUUUCGAUAAAGAUUCACAACGAAGACUGCGUCUGCCCAGAAUGUAUUCCAGUCGUCGAACAACUCUGCGAACCAUGUUCGGAUGACGAGGAAGACGAAGAAGAAGAGGAUUAUCCGAGAAGUGAGAAAUCUGGAAACAGCUCCAAAAGUCGUCGUAGUCGAAUGAGUAUUUCCACACGGUCAUCUGGAGAUGAAUCCACGUCUCACCGCCCACGGAAGUGUGGAUUCGUGGAUAUGGCAUCUCUUCGUCAGAGACAUGACAGCUUCAGAAGUUCUGUUGGAACGUAUUCAAUGAAUUCGUCACGUCAAACUAGGGAUACUGAGAAAAACGAAUUCUGGAAGGUUCUUCGAAAGCAAUCAGUCCCAGCCAAUAUUCUAUCACUCCAAUUACAACAAAUGGCCGCUCAGAAUCAGGAGAACGAUGAGGAAGCUCCACCGCAAGUCACCGGACAUCAAUUCUCAGUUCUCGGGCAGAUUCAUAUCGACUUGGCGAGAUAUCACGAGCUCGGACGAUUCAUUGAAAUGGAUUCAGAGCAGAAGGAGAUGUUGGAUGGAAAUGGAAGUGAAAAUGAUGCGAGAGCUCCGAUUAAAUACGAUAAACAAUCGGCCAUUUUCCAUUUGGAUAUCGCAAGAAAAUGUGGAAUUCUGGAGGCAGUGUUGACGUCGGCCCAUAUUGUUUUGGAAUUGCCACACGAGUUGUUGAAGGAGGUUACUGUAGAUGAUUUGUUCCCGAAUGGGCUCGGAGAGCAAGAUAAUGGAAUUCGAGACCUUGAAGAGUUCGGCUCGGAUCUAAUGGAAAUCGCCGCUGAAAUGGGCGAUAAAGGAGCAAUGCUCUACAUGGCUCACGCUUAUGAGACCGGUCAACGACUCGGUCCGAAUCGUAGUACCGAUUACAAGAAGUCUAUUGAUUGGUAUCAACGAGUCGUCGGAUUCCAAGACGAAGAACCGGAUGCAGAGGGCAGUGGAAAGACAACGUUCUCCUCAUUUUCUCCACUCUCUCGUCAUGAAAUUCUCGCUAAAAUGGCUGAAAUGUAUAAAGAAGGCGGAUACGGACUGAAUCAAGACUUCGAACGAGCCUACUGUCUGUUCAAUGAGGCUGCCGAGGCGGCGAUGGAGGCGAUGAAUGGAAAAUUGGCGAAUAAAUAUUAUGAGAAAGCUGAAAUGUGUGGGGAAUAA